AGGAGCACAUGUGCCAGCCAGUGAGGAAUCCCGGGAAUCCUUUGGGGCUGACCUGGGAGCUGAAGAGCCGCGGUGACACCGUGGGCCCCACUUCUCCACCUCUCACAGUGAAUUUCCCUCACAGAUCCCAAGACAGACAUUUCCAUUUUAAAGGCAACAUUUCCAUUUUUCAGCUGAAGCUUCGCCAGCGGAGAACCUCCUAGAAUAAUCCACCUGGCAGCAGGAGAGUUCCGGUCCACCAGCACCGACAGGGUUAAUCACACCCAUAUGGUGUUGGGAGGAGAGGGAGGGGGCAGAGCAGAAGGGAGAGGACAGCAGGGCAGACCUCUCUCCCAACACCUGCACCUGGUCCUCCGGUUCUCAGUCAGGAUCAUCGGAGCAUCCGGACCGCGUCCCGGGUCUGGGUGGUGGACUCCCGAGUCCUUCAACUUUCAUGGAAUGUUGGAAAUAUCUGACGUCAUUGUGUUCCUUCUUUUUAAGCUACGCAGAGGAAUGUCUUCGAUUGAAAGCGAGUGAUUAGACUUUUGUUUAUCUGAAGAGGAUUUGACGAACCUGCGGGUCGGUUUUGGUGUCUUUUUUUUUUGUGUCCUGCUGAGGGACGUGUUCCUGUCCGGCUCCGGGGCGGAGGAGGAGGGGAUGCAGCGGUAACAUCCCGCAAGUUUGGGGCUCUUGUUGGAGAAAAGCAGAAAUCAAAGAUUUAGAUCUCUGUGGGCUACCUGCAUGACUGUUACCAUGACAGCGUCUGCAGCCCGACUCCUCCUGUUGGCCCUCUGUGUUUACCCAAGCUUGGGCCUGCAGCAGUUCGCGCCGCGGGUUCACCUCUCCUUCAAAGAGCUGAUGGACACAAAAGCAGCACGGCCGUUCAGUUUCUCCUUCAACACCAGCGACUACCGCAUCCUCCUGAUGGACCAGGACCAGGGCCGUCUGUACCUGGGCAGCCGGGAGUACCUGGUGGCUCUGGACAUGCACAACGUCAACAAAGAGCCUCUCAUUAUCCACUGGCCGGCCUCUGCUAAGAGAAAGGGAGAAUGCCAGAUGACGGGAAAGGGCAAGCAGGGGGAGUGCGCCAACUUUGUGCGCAUGAUUGAGCCGUGGAACCGCACCCACCUCUACACCUGUGGAACGGGCGCGUACCAGCCCAUCUGCACAUUCAUCAACAGAGGCUGGAGGGCUGAGGACUACUUGUUUAGGCUGGUCCCUGGCUACGUGGAUUCAGGGAAGGGAAAGUGUUCCUACGAUCCCAAACAGGAAAACGUUGCGGUUCUGAUCAACGGUAACCUGUAUGCAGGUGUGCACAUUGACUUCAUGAGCACGGAUGCGGCUGUGUUUAGGACCAUGGGAGGGAGGCCGGCGGUCCGGACGGAGCAGUCUGACUCCAGGUGGCUGAACGAGCCCGUGUUUGUUCAGAUCCAGCAGAUCCCUGACAGCGCAGAAAAGAACGACGACAAACUUUACUUCUUCUUCCGAGAGAAGAGUCUAGACACCACCGGGGGGGCGAGCCCCACGGUUUUAGCCCGAGUGGGAAGAGUGUGUCUGAACGAUGAAGGAGGGCAGAAAUCCCUGGUGAACCGCUGGACCACGUUCCUGAAGGCGCGUCUCAUCUGCUCCGUGAUUGGAGAGGAUGGCGUCGAGACGCCUUUUGAUGAACUACGAGACGUGUUUAUCCAGCCGACACAAGAUGAACGAAACCCCAUGGUGUAUGGUCUCUUCACCACAGCAGGCUCUGUGUUUAAGGGCUCCGCGGUCUGUGUGUUUUCAAUGACUGACAUUCGGAACGUCUUCAACGGACCUUUUGCCCACAAGCACGGCCACAACUAUCAAUGGACAGAAUAUAACGGCAAGAUCCCCUAUCCUCGACCCGGAACUUGUCCAGGAGGAACCUUCACUCCUGGCAUCCGGUCCUCCAAGAACUUCUCAGAUGAGGCUGUGAAUUUCAUCCGGUCCCAUCCCCUCAUGUUUCACCCAGUUUAUCCGAUCCACCGCCGCCCCCUGGUGGUGAGAACCGGCGUGGACUACCGCUACACCUCCAUGGUGGUGGAUCAUGUGGAUGCUGUGGAUGGACGGUAUGAGGUGCUGUUUCUGGGCACAGAUCGCGGCACCGUGCAAAAGGUGAUUGUUUUACCCAAAGAUCCUACCAGCAUGGAGGAGCUGACGCUGGAGGAGGUGGAGGUUUUUCGGAGCAGAGCUCCAGUCAAGACCAUGAAGAUUUCUUCUAAAAGACAACAGCUCUACGUGUCAUCAGACGGCGGUUUGACGCAGGUGUCGCUGCAUCGCUGUGCUGUUUACGGCAGGGCCUGCUCGGACUGCUGCCUGGCUCGGGAUCCCUACUGUGCUUGGGAUGGAGAGAGCUGCUCCGCAUUCACCCCAUCAACCAAACGGAGGAGCAGAAGGCAGGAUGUGAAACAUGGAGAUCCACUCCGACAGUGCAGAGGCUUCAACGCUAAAGUGGAGAAACGGCUGAGAGAGACGGUGCAGUUUGGGGUGGAAGGCAGCAGCACCUUCCUGGAAUGUCAGCCUCGCUCUCCUCAGGCCAGCGUCAAGUGGCUCUUCCAGAGGGAGGGCAAGAGGAAAGUGCUGAAUCGUGCUGGAGGAGUCCUGAAGACCAACCAUGGUGUCCUUCUGAAGUCUCUCAACCAAUCAGACGCGGGGCUGUACCACUGCCUCGCCACUGAAAACAACUUUAAACACACCGUGGCCCGUGUGGCGCUGCGCAUCCUCGAUCGAGAUAUCGUCUUAGCGCUCACAGCUCGAGACGAGGACGAGGAGCCAAAAACUCGCCAAGCGGGGCCUCACCCUCAGUUGCCCCUGGCCUCCACGCCCUUCCCACCAGAGAUUAGACUGAUCAACCAGUACUGCCAGUCCUACUGGGAACAGGUCAACCCCAAACAGCAGCAGCGAAAGCGCACCAGCCGCAGGCACACGGAAAGUCAGGACCAAGGCCUCGGUUAGACGACGGGACAGACUGUCCACCUCCAGCCUGUGUGGACUGGACUCUAUGCUGGACAGUUAACUGAAAUCUGUUUGGAUCACUUCCGUUUGUUGGGCAGGUGUUGGGUCUGUACGUGUCAGCCCAGUAAACCCAUAGGAAAUCUAGUUUACACUACUGGUGUCCACAUUGUAAAUGAUACAGUUCAGCUCUGGUUACCAAUAGAGAACUUUAUGUACAAUAAUGUUUCUGUGGUUGAAACAGGCUGCUUGGGCGGACGUUCCCCUUGUUUCACACAAACUUGGUGUCCCUUGUUAAACAUCGCUGACUACAAUGUAAAUUACACAGGUGUGCUUUCUAUUAAGUAUCUUGAAAAAGAAAUGUAAUAUAUUGAUUGUUAAUAUAAUAAUAAUGGUCGUGACUUGUUGCUGAGGUUACCCUUGUGUUGGAUGAUGUUGAUACAAAUACAGAUUUUGCAUGCAUUGUUGUUUGUUGCAAGUUGUACAUUUCACGGUUGUUUUGUUUUCAGACUCGUGUUAGGAUGCUGGUUUAGGCCUGGUGUUUUCUGCUCAGCUAAUUCGAUUGAUGUUGUUGUGUACUGACCCCUCUGCUGCCCUGUGCUAGUGACCCACAGCGUGUGAGUAUUGAACAUGUAUGUAGUGUAUGGUGUUCUUCCAGUUAUGCACUUUGUUGGUGUUGGAACUUGAGGGAAUCUGGGAUUUUUGCACAGAUAUUUGAGGAAAUGAGACAAAACCAAUUUUUAUGUACAAUAUUCUAUAAAAAUGGGAAUGAAUUUGG